AUGCACAAGGAAAGGGCUGGUACCAUUGGAUGGAUUUGUUCCACCGUUGGUUGGGCGCCGUCUGUGCUAGGGAGCGGAAUGUACUCGGCUACGAAGGCUGCCAUGCGAGGUCCGCUUGGCUGCUCUUGCGAUCGCCAUCUAAGGUUCACCGAAACCGUCGUUAUUCCUAGUAUUAUCGCAGAGUCUCAAUGCCGAGAUAUCUCACUCAGCUUAAGGAGUAUCCACGUCGACCUCGGCUGGUUCCGUGCAGAGGUGUGCUCUCUUGCUUCUGUCUCUCGCAUCGCCGAUUACGAUUCCGUGAUGGGUCCGAUCCGUGCUUGGCUGGAUAGUGAGAUCUAUCUCCUCUUAGUAUUCGUGAUCCCCUCUCAUAGCAGGCCAGGUUUCGAUCACACUCAGCCAGGAGACCCUGCGAAAGAUGCAGAGAUCCUCGUAGACCUCGUUCGAGGAGAAGGUGUUGCUAAAGAAUUCCCUCGAGUAAUUGGUCUCGGCCAGGACUAUUACUUGGGCGUUAAGCAGGCCUGCAAGAACACGCUGGAAGCACUGGAAGAGUGGCAGGAUGUCACCCGCAGCACGGAUGUUGAGCCCGCAUCGUUUCCUUAG